AUGUCGAGCAAGAAAAGCGAGCAAGAUGACACUGGCCCGGACAGUAAGACCGGCAUGGGUGUGAAGCCACCAGCCGGAGAGCACGAGAGCACAGUAAGGCAAAGCAUUCUUGAGAAGAAUGAACGCCGAGUAAAAGACGCCGCGUGGGAGAAAAAGCUGGCCGAGCAACAUACAGACCUCACCAACAAGUUCAUGAGCCGUGAGGAUCAGUUGUUCUUUCGAGGCUUAACACGGGUCCUGCAACUCACCGACAUACUCGAAGCACGCAAGGCUGGUGACGACUUGGACUUGCGGAACAAGACAUUAAACAAGACCACGCCGUUGUACAAGAUUGCCAACCGCAUUGUGUUGAACCCGACGCCCCGGGAGUAUGACAUCGCUGCUCUGACCAUGGGUGGCUACGUGGAGGACGCUUCCAGUAUCGACUUCGGUAAUGUUCAGCAGCCUCGACUCAUACUUACAAGCAACCCUGAGUCAAAAGAUCACCUCAAGCUUGGUCGAAAGCCUGACGAGGAAGAGUACCCAUUACGGCUCCUCGAGAAGUAUGCUGUCGAUGCCACAGACACUAAGAGAUACGCAGGAGGCAUCCACGAAGAGGCUGGGAAAGACAUCGUCACGUUUGUACUUGGCACGUUCAUCGAGUGUAAGAUCUUGCAGUCGAAGCAGGUUCCAUAUCCUCGGCAUGUUGGGUAUUACAUGGAGCUGCUGAAGGAUUGUCACAAAGCCAGCUCGUCUGAGCAACUUUCCAUUGCUGGCGAGCGCUCGACAGACUAUGUGAUCCUCACAAGCUAUGGUAAGACCUUGCGUCGACUCAACUUCGGCAUUGGACACCGUCCUCAACAGCGGUAUCUGUUCGACAUCAUCACUAUGCCGAUUGAGAAACUCCCGGAACGUGCUCAUGCCAUCCCAUGUCCCUCACUGGAGAAUCCUUCCCAAGAGCCUAACCAACGCAAGAUGCUUCAGCAAUGCUUCGCCAAAAUCUCGAACUACCCAGCUGCCAGCAGAGACGCCUUGGCGACUCAGCCCGUCUACGACCGGAAGGGUAGAAAGCGCUUCCACUAUAUGUUGGCAUUCAGAGUCAUAAAGCUACGCACCAACCUUUCGGACGUGAGAGAAGCCAUACAAGCGUAUGUGAAAGCUGAGUACGAUCAUCCAGCCAAAGUCGCGAAAGACAGAAAAAAACCGAAGUUGCUUCGAGAUGAGCUUCGUCUUCUGGCCUGCCUUCAAACCUACUUCAAGGACAUAGUCCCUGCUCACAUGCUUUGGCUAGCACAAGUCACUGGUGCGACUAAUGCCAAGGACUUUCCUCUUUGGAGCGACAACGAGCCUAGCACUUCCAGCGAAAGUCAGGCUCCAGCUAAGUCAUCGUCACCGUUGCCGAGUCUGAGCAUAAUCACUUCAGCAGGACCUACGACUGCUGAGGAAGAUCAAAGUCUGCAGAAGGCCACGGUCGUCGCUGGAGAUGCAGAUAACGCAGACGACGAAGACGAAGAACUUGAGAAGCAGGGAGAUCCGACUUUGAACAGACCUGGUGAGGGUGCUUUCGCUCUAUGGAUGCGACAAGCCAGCAAGUGGCUAUCACUUGUGAGCCAGCAUGACAUCGGUCUGCUUAACGCGAUUCCCUCCUCUUUCGAAAAACGAUCUGAGCGAAGCCUGCAGAUGUCGAAACAGAUCGUCGCUGCGGAAGUCGUUGUAGUGCAGCUCGGGACGCAAGACCCGGACGACAAGAAAAUGUCAAUCAACAACUGUUUAGAGGAACUCGGCACAAGAAUGACCAAGGCUGGGAACCUAGGCCUGGACAUUUCGAAGCUCAAAGAGAUCAUCAAAGUACAGAACGGCAAUCGCAUCAGAUACGAGGAGAAGCUCAUGGUGGCAGAGACUUUUCACAUCGUUCCUCACGCAGACGCCACGGCCAUCGCUCUGAUGGCGUGUUUUGAAGAUCAUGAUGUAUGCCGACACCUAGGUGGACGGCUCGUGGACAAUGAGACUUCCGCCUUGAAGGAGCACCUGAUCAGGUCGAUGCGCCGCUGGCUUCCGCUAGUGGACGUCACGAAACGCUGCUGCCCUGCUUGCUGGAGGCUAAUCCAGCUGUUCUAG